AUGGCGGGAGAAUGGGUGGAGCUGAAAUGGUUGAAAGCAAAAGGAUAUUAUAGUUUGGAGGAGUUCAUUGCCAACAGAAUGGAGGUGACUUUGAAGUUGGCAUGGCUUAACUGUAAUAAUGGAAAGAAAAGGGGGGCGAAGUUAAAGGAUAGGUUGAGUGAAUCUGGCAUGGCUGUAAAUGUGUUUUGGAGGAAGAAAGGGUGUGUGGAUUGGUGGGAGAAAUUGGAUAACACUAUCAGGAAGAAGGUGUUUUGCACUUUCUUGGGAAAAGCCACAAAAUCUUUGGUACUUCUAUUUAGUUUUUGUUACGGAUUUGUUUUGUUGUUUCUUUUUGUGUCUAUUUACUACUGA